GCCUUAUUACUCAGAAGUAGGAGUCGGGUCAGUUUAUUUGACCCGUUUGGUAAAUCCUUAUUUUUGCGGCUUACGCCCUAAUUUUAUUUUCCGUAGUCGGGUCAGUAAAUUACUAAGUAGUAUUUUAUUUUACUCGUUUUUCCUCUUAAACCCUAGUUUUCUGGAGUCGGGUCAGAUGUUACGAUUUGACCCGAGCUUUCAUGUUAAAUACUCGGCGCAUAUUUUAGUUUCUACAGCUGUUGCAGUAAGGGUGGUGUUCGUAAGGGUUGUGGUGCGGUGGUUGACGGUGGUGGUCGUUCAUCCUGUAAGGGUUGUGUUCUGACCGUGCUAUUUCCAGAAAAAAAACAUGUUCUUUUUCUAGAAUUUUUUUUUAUUUCGAAGAGGAUCUGGAUCGCUUCAAACAAUAUGUAGAAAAUAUACUCACCAUCUAAGAAGGUUGUGGUUGGAAGUGAAGCCAUUACCCAAGGUCGAAGCCCCUCUUCAUGUAGUCUAUCUUCUGUGUUAUGUGAUUGAGCGAGCCGGAUGCUUUCUGUGUUGGCUGUCUGACCAAGUGUUUUGAUGCAAACUCCAUGGGAUAUUUCGAAGUGCUUUACUUAGCAAAUUUUAGGUACUUGGAAGCCGUGCGGUGCGAGGUCAGUAGUUUUGCGAAAGGAGUUGCACGGAAUUCAGAGGUACAAACGAAGAUAUUCCACAGAAUUGUGGAGCUGAGAGAAGUUGGUAAUAGGAGGUAGAAGGAAAUUGUUGAUGGGAAGGAGAGAUGUAAAGCUAAGGCGAAGCAAGUGGCUGGGGAUGUUGUUGAAAGGUUGUGAGAGUUGGAAGUGUUCUGAUCUUGAUCUUGUGGGGAUCCUGUUAGAGGUUUGGCUGUGGCUGAUGUGCUGGGUGAUUCUCUCAAAGGGAUACUAUGGGCAAAGAUAACAAGGGGAAGCUCGUGGCUGGGGACGUUGAAAUUUUGGACGAUGACGAGGUGGUUGAGGUGGAUACUCUCAAAGUCCAAGUCAAAGGUGUUGAGAGUUCGAAGUUUUCUGAUCUUGUGGGGUGGGUCCUCUUAGAGUAUGUUGCAUUUAAGAUGGACACGGCAAUCGCCGAAGUUGAGUCAUCAGUUGCGAAGUCGGUAGCUGCACUGGCAACGCUUGAUACUGCCAGAGACGUGAACAUAGCUCGAGGCCUGACUCGUAUUGUUGAAGGGAGAAGAAGGCAGAAGCAGCAGAAGAAGAAGCAGCCCGAAGACUGAUUUUUUAAUCAUCAGAACUAUCUUGUAUCUUCAGAUAUGAUGAACUAUCUUCUAUCUUGUUGGAGUUUAGAUGAGAAAACAACUCUCAAACAUGUUUUGCUGUGGCAAAGGCAAUAUGUAGCACAAAUGUAGAGAACAUGGAAGGAUGAAGACUUGUUGAAUUGUUUGAUGGUUUCUUGUAUGGCUAAAUUGUUCUAGGAACUAGAGGGAAAUAAAUAAAUUAGAGACCAUUGAUGGCA